UCUAAACCUGGACUACCUGUUGGAGGUGCUGUGGGAGCACCUGAUGCUGAUUAGAGUGUACACCAAGAAGCCCGGCGCGCCUCCAGAUUUCGACGAUGGAUUGAUCCUGAGAAGGGGCGUAUCGGUUGAACACGUGUGUCACGCUAUCCAUCGAACCCUGGCCGAUCAAUUCAAGUACGCGCUGGUUUGGGGCACUUCGACGAAAUAUUCUCCCCAACGAGUCGGAAUUUCGCACAUUAUGCAAGACGAAGACGUUAUCCAAGUGGUGAAAAAGUAAAUCAGGUAUGUUCGUUCUGGGGCAGCAUCUUCUGGACUAUCGAUGCCUAUUUCAUGAUUUAUGCGGUUUUCCAAUUGAGAGCUGUUUGUGACUGCUAGACAAGCGAAACCAUCAAGGCGAGGGAUGUCGUUGGAAAUGAUAAACAGCGCACGAUAAGCAGUGGUUAAUCAUUUAUUAUUAUAAAGUAACUAUUAUGUAUCGAG